GCCUCAGAUCGCCGAGACCGGCAACCGAUGCACGGCGGUUCUUCUGAAGAGUCGAGGGAAUCGACGGGUCCGCGUCACGGUGAGAAGAAUCUCCGGUGAUUGAGGGAAGGAUCAGGGAUUUCUUUCGAGCCGAAGAUGAUGAUGAUGAGUCGAGUGGAGACCUGUUGAUCGACCGGAGCGAGGUCGAGAACGGAAUCAUGCGGUGGUUGAGGGCGCUGGAUCUUCACGUUAUGGGCGCUUGUCGCGCCGAAUGAGAGGGCUGAAGCCUCUGCUUAAGCUCAAUAUUCUCCAACGGAGUCGCUGAGGACAGCCUCCUGGCUCAACUCAGCCAGCACUUUGAAGCCUCAGAAGUUGGGAUGUUAGCGAGGUGUUUGUGUGUUCCUCUGGUGUCUAUUCGAGUCGGAAAGGUUUACAAGCAAGGCAACCUUUUGUGCCCAUCCUCUACAAGGGGCCAUCUGAAUCUGACCCUUUUACCAACAUCUAGCAUGCGCCUGUCAUUCACUGGGGAUGAUGGUUGUACUGAGAGAUUGGCUGUUCUGAAUAAUAACUUUGACAUCUCAGAAGUGGUUAUUGAAGAAAUUACAGCUGAUAGUUCUGGCCGUUCAUUUCUACUAAAACUUCCAGGAUCUAAGGUCUUGUUUUUUUGGUGCUCUGAGAAGUCAAAGCUUCAUGGUGCUGAGCUUCUUGCAAAGAUGAAAGAUUUACUGAGAAGGAAGCCAACUUUAUCACAUUUAACUGGAAUUUCUGAAUCACGUUUUGAAUCUUUUGCAACUCAUCUCCGGAUGUAUCUUCUUGGAUCGUCAAAUGCUCCAGAAGCUAAUCCACUCUCUCCAUCAGUUGAAUCACCAGCCAUUGUUCAUGUAGCGGGCAAAGAUGUUUCUUCUCUAUCUCAAGUUUUGGAGGCUUCCCGUUGCCAUUUCAGAGCAUCUCAUGCAUCAACUGGUCUGCCUUCCCACCAAGACGGUCUCACUCCAAGACCAACGACCUUCAAGAAUGGGGCUACGAGAAGCCUUCCGUCGACUAGAGGUAUUAGAGAGAAGCUCAGGAAACGUGGAGAUAUCAGCAAUCCUAGCUUAUUUAUCAAUAGCCAGCUGACAACAUCUGUGCCCUCGUCUUCACAAACAAUUGGCAAUUGUGAAGAUGACAGUAUGAGGCCAAGUGAUGGCUGUGACUUGUUACCCCUCAUCUCUCAUGCUGAAAUUUCUCAUUUAUCUUCUUCUCCACCACCAUCUAUUUCUUUAUUGCCCGACCUUCCUCUGCCCAAGAUUAGUACCUCGAAGUCUAUGUUCUCACCAUAUUACUGUUUGUGUCCUCCUUGCCCUUCUUCUCUUCAAUAUUCUCUAACCCCUUCUCAUCUGCCACUUCCAGUCACCUAUGAUGAAUCUAUUCCUCUACCACCUCUGUCAUCCCUGCUGUCAUCUGGGCCUCCAGGCCCACCAGUUAUAUCCAACUCUGGUGUUCCUGUUCCAACAUGGAACCUUCCUUCACUUCUUCCUGAGCCAAUUGUUCGUCUCCCACUUCCCGUUACCUCACUUGUUACGUUGCCAACUUCACAGCAGUUUCCGACUUUUACACCGUACAUGUCUGAUCCAAUUGUUCAUACUCCAGUAAUUGAUGUUUGCUCCUUAGGCCAGGGCUAUCUCGUGAGCACGGGGCCUGCCAUAUCUUCUGCAGUACCACCUUUGCUUCCGAGCUUCGUGAACCAUCCUCUUAUUCCCAAUACAGAGUCUGCGGUGGAAAAGAAUGCAAGGGAAACACUAAGGAUGCUUAUGGCUUUUGCCAUUCCUUAA